GAUAAACAUCUAGCUAAUGUUAGGCCAGGCAAUGACUAUGGGGAACCACAAAUAUUGGCUGAAAUGCUUGCUAGUGGGGAAGAAAAUAUACGUUGCCCACGACAGCAAUCAGUUACAAUUUUUAGAUGGCCAGGGGAUAGUAGUGAUCCAUAUAAUGGUUUUGAUCUUGCAGAACCAGAUGGAAGAAGAAAUGUGUUAGAAUCAUUAUGCAAGAUUCGUCAUUACAUCUUAGAAUGA